CAAGUCGAUGAGCAAGAGGGGGUCCGAGCAGGAGAGUGAGAACAACUCAGGGACGAUUUAAUCAAGAACACAAGGAUCUAAAAGUGUGAGAAGAGUUUCAGUUAGAGAUCUAAGAGUCCAAAAACAAGCGCAGAGCCAUGAGUACCUUUGGGUACCGCAGGGAGCUGAAGAAGUACGAGGAGGUGGACGAAGACGAGCUGCUGGCCACUCUGUCCUCCGAGGAGCUCCAGGAGCUGGAGAGGGAGCUGGCCGACCUCGACGACAACGUCCCCAUCGGCCUGAGACAGAAAGACCAGACCGCCAAGACCCCGACGGGAACCUUCCACAGGGACGCUCUGCUGAAAUACUGGGAGGAAGAGAACAAGAAGCUGCUGGACGACAAGAGGACGGAGUCCAACGGCGGACAGGAGGGACGCCCAGAUAAGAGCAGAGGGGAGCGAGCGACGAUGACCACCAGCGACGGCGGCAAGAUGCCGGACAGCGACAGGAAGAAGAGUUCACAAAAGGGGAAGAAACUGCAGAGUCUCUUCAGCAAAAAUGAUGCAAAGGAAGACGAGGUGGAAAAGAAAGAUGAGUGUAAAAAGGAGCCUCUGAUCAGGAAUAAAUGUCCUCAGAAGAACAGUCCGUCAAAAGGGCCGAGGAGGACUGAAACCACAGACGAAAUCCUGAACGCAGCCCCCGACAGACCGAGCGGGAACCCGACUGUUAUCGACAAAACUCUGGAGCAGAUCCUGGUCAACGAUCCCACCGUGAGCGAAGUCAACCUCAACAACAUCGAGGACAUCUCCCAAGACACCUUGCUUCGCUUCGCCGAGGCCCUGUGCACAAACACCCACGUCCACAUUUUCAGCCUCGCCAACACCCACGCCGACGACCGGGCGGCCUUCGCCAUCUCCAAGAUGCUCCGCGAGAAUCGGUUCAUCCGAAACCUGAACAUCGAGUCCAACUUCGUCUCCGGUCAGGGCAUCCUGGCUCUGAUGGCAGCUCUGCAGCACAACAGGACUCUGGUGGAGCUUCGCUUCCACAACCAGAGGCACAUCUGCGGGGGGAAGGUGGAGAUGGAGAUGGUCCAGCUGCUGAGGGAAAACACCACCCUGCUCAAGCUCGGCUAUCAGUUCGACCUCCCGGGCCCGAGGAUGACGGCGACCGGCAUCCUGACGCGCAACCAGGACCAGCAACGACAGAGGAGGCUCCAACAGAAGACGGAGCAGGGUCCUCCAGAAGGGUCCGGUUCUGGUACAUCUGCAGAAAACAGACCACUGAAGAAGCCCUCACAACCAUCUAAAGCUGCUGAAAAUCAGAAGAGGAAUCCCCCUCCCCCGUUUCUGGACCCACCAACGAGGAAGAUCGCUGAAAUGAUCAAACAGCACGAAGGCACGAACGGCACAAAGAGUCAGUCGAACCAAAGGAAAGCGAAGUCAAAGAAGCUCAAGAACGGCGCCAACGAAAAGGAGAGCGCAGACAUUCUCAAAGACCUGAAGAACGCCCUGAAGCCGUCGCUGCAGAAGAGGCGGGACGAACCGCCACGGCCGCCGCUGCCGCAGAGGUCGAGCCGCGACGACCUGAUGGCGGCAAUCCGCGGGAGCAGCAUCAGGUCCUUAAAGAGGGUGGAUCUGUCACCGGCCUGAACUCACCCGCUGACUUCACCUCGACUCUUCUCACUUUGUGCUGAAAUGCUUCAUUUUCACGUGUCACUGUCGCCGUUCAGCAGUUUUCUUGUUUACCUGCUCACACAGCGAAGCGCUGCUCUGCUGGUCAAACCUCCGGCGAA